ACUUUGCUUUUCCGCUCGAGAGACGCGAUGGCCCCGAUCGUCAUCCACACGCGCUUCGACGCCCCGACGAUGGCGACCACAACGGAGAGUAGUGCGCUCAAGACGCCGAGCCUCGAUGCGUGGUACGACAAGGUGGUCACCAGCGCGCUGCAUGGGCGCGGCGGGCCCGAGGCCCACUACACGUUCCCGACGCCGCAGUUCCUCGGGCUCCACGAGUCGAGCUUGACGGCGAUUGAACUCUGCCUCAGCACGGACCAUGUCGACCCGCGCUUGCCAUUGCACUUGGCCAUCUUUGAAGGCAACUUGGCGCUGGUCAAGACGCUCUUGUCGCGCCGCCCGGAGCUGCUCAGCGCCGACGCGCUCUACUGCGCCGCGUACUGGGGCGAACUCAACCUUGUCAAGUACCUCGUUCGCGUCGAGCACACGCCGGCCGCGACUGCCCUCGCCGCGCUCAAGGGCCAUACCUCGGUGGUCGAGUUUCUCAUCGACGUGCGCCGCGUCACCUUUGACGAGAUGCUAUUGGCCAAAGCGAGCGUGCCGCUCUUGCGCUUUGUGAUUGACGACCACUUUUUCGCGUCCGACGGCGUCUACGCGGUGCAGACGUGGGCCAAGCAGAAGAAACUGCACAGCGUCCUCGCGCUCUUCGACUACGUGGGCGUCUGAUACGCAUUCGUUUGCUCUAUUUAACCCUUGCUGCUUUCCCACCGAUCCUCCUCCUCCUAUCUAUGUAAAAUGCGACGCUGCGUCGCUAAAUUAAACCUGUAAGUUCUUUUCUGUG